AUGCUUACCCAUCGGAGUAGCUCUAGCGGCUAUUCGAAGCAGAUAAAGAGAACUAGAAACACUGUGAUCUCCAAAUCCUGGCUCAGAGAAGCAGAAUUGUUGAUGGUGAUUGAAGAUUUGAAGAUGAUGAGAUGUGUUGAUAUUGAUGCAGACGCGGAAGGUUGGAGAUGGAAAAGAAUAAUUGUGGACUGGGGAAUCAGUUUCAACAAACCAGAUUCAGCUAGGAAUCUAUUAGAAAUUAUUGGUUCUAAAUCCUCUGCUAAUAUUAAGAACCGAUAUGCUGCUAGAAGUUCUGCUUGUGAAACUGAUAUGGUUUUAGGCAUAUAUGCAGGGCAAUGCGAAUCUGGGCAGCAACAAGUUUGCUUCCAUUUUGAUGCAAGAUUUGAAUCUUGGACAUGGCGCUAA